AUGGCCGGGGGGCUCCUGGUGGUGCUGCUGCUGGCCCUGCGGGGCAGCCCGGGCCGGGCCGGCGAGUACUGCCACGGCGGGGCCGGCAGCCCGCAACGCGGCUUCCAGUGCCCCGAGCGGCACGACGGCCCCGAGGCCGCGCUCUGCUGCGGCUCCUGCCGCUUGCGCUACUGCUGCGCCUCCCGCACGGCCCGCCUCGACCAGGGCCUGUGCCCGGGCACCCCGCUGCAGCCCGGGCCCCGGCCUCCCGCCCCAGUGCCCGUGUACCUGCCAUUCCUUCUCGUUGGAUCCGUAUUUGUGGCAUUUGUUGUUUGUGGCAUCUGUGUUGGAAUUUGCUGCUGCAAAUGCUUAAAAUCCCAGGACGAGGAGCAGCAAAGUGGACUUACACCUGGCCAGACUUGGCUACUAGAACCUGAUCUUCCUUCUCGGCUCCCCAGCUCUGGUUCUGCCACCAGAAGCUCCCAGGGCAGCGCUCCUCCGACCAGCAACAUCUGCAUGAAUCUCGCUCCAUCCCUCCCUGUCAUUGGGUUCACAGAAGAUGCUCUGUACCUAAGCGCUCUGCCUACCAGUGGAAGACUCUUGCACCCUUCAUGCACCGGCCACGGCAUACCAGCUGAUCACACCACAGUGACUCCAGCAUCCUUCCUUAAGCGAACAGUUUAUGGACACAGUGCUCCUGCAUCCCCUGUUAGUGCAGCACGUGAGGACCAAAAGAUGUACUUGGGAGUUCACGUCUGA